AUGAAAUUUCAAAUUAAUCCUUGCCUUCGAGAUAAUUCAACAAACAAAACAUUUUCUGAUAAACAAAAAGUUGAAUGUUUACGUAAAGUUGAUUCAUUAGAUUUAUUACGACAACAACAAUACAACGAAAAUUUUGGUCUUGUUUUUAGUGGACCCGAGUCAGAUACAGAAAUACUUCCAUUUGAUAAUUUUGUACAUUUAUUAAGAAAUUGGAAGCCAAUUCCAUUAAUGAUUACAACAACAAUAAUUGAAUUUGAUCGUUGGUCAGAUGAUAGAUUAGACAAGGAAUGUUUUAAAGCAACAGGAACUUUUGGUUAUUAUUCUCUCCAAUCAUAUAAUGCUUGUUUUGAUAGAUAUAAAGAUGAAUUUAAUAUAUCAACACAUAUGCGUGUUUCUUAUGAAUCUAUACAUUCUGAAGCAUUUUUAGCAUCUUUAGUAAAUACAAGAUUCGGUGGAGUUAGUUAUGUUGGUGAAUUUGAAAUUGCUAAUUACUCGAACCAUGCUAGUGAUAUGUAUUUCUUUAUUGGACUUCAUCCAAUUGAAUUAAAUAGAACUGAUUUAAAAUUAAUGAAUAAUUAUUAUCCAAAAAUGGUUAAAAAUUUUAUAAGAGGACAUUCUCCUGAUAAAAGUUGGAGACCUCAAACUUGGAAUGGAAGAAAUUAUUUUCGAAUAACUUUUAAUGUUAGCGACAAUAAUACAAUUUUGGAAGCACCUCAUAAUGAUGUGAAAGGCUUAGAUUUUUGGUUACAUGAUAUGCCAAUUGUGGAGAGAAAAGCCCGUCAAAAUAUUGAAGGGAAUUAUAGUAAUAAAGAGGAUAAGGAAGAAGAUAAUUGGUUAGAUUUAUUUGGAAAUAAACAAGAUAAAAAUAAAUUUGAAGAAGCUAUUAAGCCUUUUUUGCCUAUAAUUGGAUCUUCUUUUGCCGUUUUACAUUCAAAUGAUUUUUCGGAAGAAGAAGAAAAUGAAAAUAAUACAGAAAUAAUUAAAAAUGAUAAUUAUCAAAAUUCACCGCAACUAAAUAAAAAAGAAUCAACUUCAGAAUUAUUAAAUGUAUCAGCAUUUUGGAUUUUAAUUUUUAUUACUGCCUUUUUAGCUAUCACACUUUUAUUAACAACUACAACUAAAUUUGUUUAUCAACACAAAAACAUCCAAAAUGGUUAUUCUCAAAUGCCUGAAAGCUAUGAAAUUUUUAAUGAAAAGUCUAGAAUUAUUACGGUCAAUAGUAGAAAUAAUCCUCAAUACAUGUAA